AUGAAGUCUGUCGCCACCACCAGUAGCGGCGAUUAUGGGGGCUCCGGGAGUAUCGCCGAUAAAAUUGGACAUUUGAAUAUUCUUUGGGUCGUUUUGGGUGUCUGCGGCGCAUUGAUAAUUCUCUUCGGCAUAUUUAUGCUGACUCUGGGCGCCUGUGCCUCUCAGCGGGAACGGCAAAAUGAGUUCGGCCACAAGACGAGUUCUUCAGUGUCAACUUCGGCAGACCCAGACGAAGAGAGACCCCUCAUCGGCAGAGUCCUCAGAAGCCAAGCGGGGAGCUCUCAGCGCUCAAGCAACGGCUCUGUGCAUGCGUAG